AUGCCGGACUACCCGCCCAGCAACCCGCUGUCACCGGCCCAGUCGGGAGCGUCUGUCGAGCCGGGCACGACGCAUAUCAGCUCACAGGGAACUACAUCUUUUGCAAGUCCGCACUGGGAAGCUAUUAUGGAUGAAAUCUCAGAUCUCAAAGAUCAAUUCAGGCGAACAGACGGAAGCCGGACCUCGAUUGAGCCCACGGACUCUCAUUCGCCUGACAGAAAGACAUCCAAUUACCCCCCACUGUUGCCGUACGGAUCUAUGCAACCACUGUCGAAGGAGGAUUUGACAUCGGCCUUGCCAGAACGAAGUGUAACAAACCCUUUCAUAUUUCAGUAUUUUAAUGGAAUCUCGAUCCUUCCUGCGCGGGUGGCCCACCCUUCUAGAUUCCUUGAGCAGUACGAAGACUUUUGGUCCAAUCCAUCGGCAGUCUCCUUGUCAUGGUUGGGUCUCUUAUACGGAGGAGUACUGAGUCUUUCUCACUUUUUCUCCUCGGACCCUGGUCACAGAGGAUCUCAACCACAGCCAAAGUACUUAAAACGCCUGAUUCAAUGCCUUGUCGCUGCAGACUAUGUUCAUGGAGGUCCCUGCAUCCUCGAAUGCCUGAUUCACUACUGCCUUAUGGAGUUCUACUUCAACCCCGUGACGGAGGUCGGCCACUGGAUGGUGGCUGGUAUGAUGGCUCAGCUCGCAUUCCGCAUGGGCUAA